AGCAGUAGGUGUGGCAGCCAAGGCGCCUGGAGAGGUGUGAGCGGGUGGCGUCUCCACAGGGGGCGCCCGUCGCCAGGGGCGUGGCCUUGUGAAGCCCCUCCCCCGUCUCUGGUGACCGGGCUGGCAGGCGGUUCUCAGUGGCGGCGCCGACAUGGCUGCGCUGGUGGAGCCGCUGGGGCUGGAGCGCGAUGUGUCUCGGGCGGUGGAGCUCCUGGAGCGGCUCCAGCGCAGCGGGGAGCUGCCCCCGCAGAAGCUGCAGGCCCUCCAGCGUGUCCUGCAGAGCCGCUUCUGCUCUGCCAUCCGGGAGGAGGGGACUGGCGGCUCCAUGAUGCUGCUGCGUCCUCACCAGGUGUACGAGCAGCUCUAUGACACGCUGGACAUCACUGGCAGUGCCGAGAUCCGGGCCCACGCCACAGCCAAGGCCACAGUUGCCGCCUUCACAGCCAGUGAGGGUCACGCACACCCCAGGGUAGUGGAGCUGCCCAAGACAGACGAGGGCCUGGGCUUCAACAUUAUGGGGGGCAAGGAGCAGAACUCGCCCAUCUACAUCUCCCGAGUCAUUCCCGGAGGUGUGGCUGACCGCCACGGAGGCCUCAAGCGUGGGGACCAGCUGCUGUCUGUGAAUGGUGUGAGCGUGGAGGGUGAGCAGCACGAGAAGGCUGUGGAGCUGCUGAAGGCGGCCCAGGGCUCUGUAAAGCUGGUGGUGCGCUACACACCUCGAGUGCUGGAGGAGAUGGAGGCCCGCUUCGAGAAGAUGCGCUCUGCUCGCAGGCGCCAGCAGCACCAGAGCUACUCGUCCUUGGAGUCCAGAGGCUGAAACCACAGAUCUGGACCCUCCUGCUCACCCUGUCUCCUGUACAGUAUUUAUUGUCAACUGCUCCUUAUUUAAAGAUCUUUGAACCUCA